AUGGGCAAGCGAAAGCACGACGACAGCAAGAGUAGUGGAUCGGGCAAGCACAUCAAGAUCGAUGUUGCUAAGGUUGACGACACCGUUGAACAGCCUUAUUUGGCUGCAUUCCCUGGCACCAUGCCCGAAAACGACACCAAGUUCACCAGCUAUCGUCCUGUCAGCAGCAACGACGACAAUGCGAACCAACGCUUGAUUUCUGGAGAGACUGAGAAGGUGGUCUUUACAGGCAGCAACUUUGGCGAGGAUGCACCUGUCAACUACUGCAACUAUAUCGUGGGCACUUAUUCAAAGAAGGAUCAGACAUUGACGAUUACGCCUGCUCCAGUAUUGCGUAUGAAACGAUCGGUCAAAGCUUUGCAGUCAGCACAGGGCAGCAGCAGUCGUUCGGAUACUUUCGCUCAAGCCAAGGCAUCUUUGGGUAUGGCUUUUGGUACUGCCAAGGCCAAGAAGCAGAUCAAGGAGACAGAGCGUAAUGCUGUCAAGGCACAACAAUUGGAGGAUGACUUGCCUGAUAUUCACACCGAGAUCAACAAGUACGAGGGUCCCACACAAGAGGAUAUUAAGCAAUCGAUGCAAUUGAGUCUUCCAAUUCCACCACCCAACAUGGAAGCUGAGACGCCACAAGAAGCUUACGACAUUUCGAAUAUUGUCACCAGCGAAGAAUUACGCCAAGUCCCUGUCAAAGAGAUCCUCAAAGCAGAGUCAUUCAACGAUCUCAAGCAAUUGCUACCUUAUUCAGCAUCCAAAUUUGUCAACGAUCGUUUGAUGAACAUCAUUAAAGCACCGGGAAAGAAGGAUCGACAAGUCGUACGCUCGCUCGUUUAUAUCUCUUAUCUUCAAGCAUACUUGCUUAAUUUGAAGCCAUUCGAUGUCAAGACACGCCGCAAGGUCGAAUCCGCCAUGAAGAAUCCACCAUCCAUGAUCAUUGAUCGUAUUCAAGAACGAUACACCGACAACAACGUUCGCACACCCGUCAUGCAUGAUAAGAUCUUAUGUUAUCUCUUUGUCCUUUGCUUGAACGUGGCAGAUUACACGAUUAUUCCUGAAAUGCUUGCCAUGGAUCUUUCUCUAAAGCCCAUCAAGGUUACCACUCUACUCAGGAAUUUGGGAUGCAAAAUCGACAAGUUAACAGUGGAUGAUCGCAAGUCUUUGGGAGCUUCUUCAGCACAUCAAAAGAAGGCUACGCUUGUCGCCCCACUGAAAUUCCCAUCCGUGUCGCGUGGUAAACGUAAAUAG